AUGCUGGUAGGGAAACCGGAGGAUGAGUUCCCCCUAUCUUCCUGCGGUGAACAUGCGGAACAAGAUGCCGGCGUUUCGGACCCGGCCAGUGAUAACCAUGGAGGCACCUCUGGUGAAGAGAACAUAACACCCUACAUUAGUCGACUGUCGUUUCGUAUCUCGACAUUUGACCGUCCAUCCGGGGCCAAGGGCGGAGCAUGGGCUGGGCUCCGGGUGUUGCUCAAGACGCUGAGGGAAACUCCCGCCAUGUUUGGUCCAGUCGUCUCGGCGGCAAGUAUACUGCUCGACUGCCUGGACACUAUUGAGGCGGUGGCGCGAAAUCAACGCGACUACGAGUAUCUGGCGACCGAGCUUGGUGCACUCAGCAAAUCGCUAGUGAUCACCUAUAAGAGAGCUGCACCAGGCUCAGAUAGCGACUGCGUGACUGGGAUUGCCAAAGCAACCGAACGAGAGGCAAAAGAAACCGAGAGCAAGACUGAACGGAGGACUGGGAGGCGGAUGCUGAUGGCGAACGCGGACCAGCAGGACCUAAUGGAACGGUGCAAGCGGAUAGAGUCACUGUUUCGGCAGUUGCAGACGAACACUGGGAUGAGUACUUGGGCAAACACAAAUGAACUAGUGAACUUCAGACUGGCGGUACUAAACGCGCAGAUGAAGGCAACAUACGACUCACAGCUCUCAUCAUCGACCAACAGACGGACAUGCACAGAAGGCACACGGGUUCAGGUACUCCACAAACUCAAGGGCUGGGCGUACAACACGCGAGGACAAGCAGCAUACUGGAUGAGCGGUAUGGCAGGCACCGGCAAGACCACGAUCGCGUGCACGUUCGCCGAGUGGCUCGAGAGAGAAGCUGCUGGCGCCAAGCUUCUUCUAUAUGCGGGCCUCUGCCGACUGCCACGACGUAACUCGGAUGAUACCUACGGGGGCAUACCAGCUCACAGGGUACUCCGUCCCAUUCCAGCUUUGGUCAGCCUCUCCUAUACAUUAUUCUGUUAG